CAAACGUCAGAUUAAGAAGACAAAUCCCAGACGUCAUCUUACAUCAGUCCUCAUUUGAUUGUGCAAAAGUUAAAGAAAGUCGCAAUAUUUAUAAAAAUGUGUACUGUUUGAUAUUUUGCUACUUACAAAAAUAUUUUUGCUCCAGUAUGGCACUAUCAUUUAGAGUUUUAUAUAAAAAUAAUAUUUAUUUUCAAAACAUAACCAAACCGGUAAAAUGGAAUAUUAAUAAAAAUUAUCCCAUUAGAUACUUAUGCAAUGGAAUACGUUGUCAAAAUAAUGUUAAAGGAAGUGCUUUAUUAAUUGAAAGGGAACUUAGCACACUUUACAAACCAUUUCGGUCAUGUACAACACAAAGUUCCCAAACUACAAAUAAUCCGCCACAAGAUCCAGAAAAAAAGCCUGGUGUUAUACAAAGAUUUAAACAAAUGUAUAAAGAUUAUUGGUACGUCCUGUUGCCUGUACAUAUGACAACAUCGGUUAUUUGGUUUGGUGGCUUUUACUUCUUUGUAAGAAGUGGUGUAGAUGUUAUAAGCUUAUUAGAAACAAUUGGAAUUAGUGAAAAAUUGUUGUCACCUUUAAAGGAAUCUAGUGCAGGGUACUUUGCACUGGCUCUAGCCCUGUAUAAGUUGGUGACACCUCUGAGAUAUGCUGUCACUGUUGGUGGAACAACCUAUGCUAUAAACAGGUUGACAGCCAUUGGGUGGAUAAGACCUGUACCUUCUAGGGAACGCAUGAAGGUAAUAUUUCAAGAGCAAAAAGAUAAUAUUCAAGACAAAUUUAAUGAAAGUAAACAACACUAUCAAACUCAACUGAAAGAAAAGGGCACACAUGUAAUGGAUGAAAUGCGAAGAUAUAAAACAGAAAUGCGUAAUAUAAAAAAUAAAGUAAAGAAAAUGUAGAAAAGAAAAUUAUUGUAACCAGUUUUUUCCUUCAACCCCACACUAAUGUUUGUUAUGUAUAUAAGUUACCUUUAAAAUUAUAUUAGAUAAAUAAAAAUUGACGAAAGGAAUUAAGAAAAACGUUUUAUAAAUUUAUCAAUUAUUUAUUGUUAUAAAAUAUAUAAAUACAAAAGUAUUAUUUAACAAAUUUAUCUUUAAUGAAAGGAAUUAUAAUGAAAACAUUUCAAUCAUCAAAAUGUACAGAUAAAUAAACUAAGUUUUUAUAAUUAAGUACCUACAGAACAAGACAGCACAUUACUGGAAUGUUUAUAAUGGUGCUAUUACUUCUUCUAUUUUUAUGAUUAAAACUAUAAAUAUUGAAAGAAGAUAGAUAUUAAUUAUUAAUAAAGCCAGAUGUGCUGUCAUCUAAUAUAUUUAGUAAAUGCAACAAAGAAAAAAAGAAAUAAAUCCAUAGAAAUUAUUUUACUUUUCAUUUUACCACAUAUUAAACAAAAUGAAAAAAUAAAUGUGUUUCUUGAAUACACAUCUCGUAUUAUGCAAAAUGCUACUGUUUUGAGCCCAUUAUAGUGGUAU